AUGGAAAACUUGAGAAAACAUGAUUUGAAUGUCAAAGUCGUCCUUGAAGAUAUUUUCUCUGACUUCAAAAACAUUCAUCAGAAAUGCCGUUUGUGUUUCAAGGAAGUAUACCAUCAAGAGCCAAAAAUAUAUCUUACAAAUGACAUGAUAAACAAGAUUCAUGCUGUCUUUCAAGUUAACAUGUCAAUAGAUGGAAAAGGAUCAGAAUUCGUGUGCUCAAGAUGUGAAAGCAAUUCAAAUAACUGUUUUGAAAGGUUCAGAAGUAUGAAAAAUGACAACAAUGAUGAGGAACUUGCGAGCAUACACGAAAAUUCGAUCAAAAUUGAAAUUGAAGAAGCAACUUGUGAAGUGGAAGAUGGAAAUCAAAUUCUCAAGUCCCGAGAUAUUAUUCAGAGAGGUCAACAAUUUUUUCCUUGUGAUGUUUGUGGAAAGCAAUUUAAGAAUGUAAUUGGAGUCCAGCGGCAUUGCAGGAGAGUACAUUCAAACAGUCGAAAUGGAGUUGCUAAAGAUUUGAACAAGCAAAGAGAACAUAAAUCAAAGGAUUUUCAAUGUCAAAUUUGUAAAUCUUCUUACGUCCUUAAAUCCUCAUUACAACGCCAUAUAAUGAAAAUUCAUGAAGAUAAAAAAUUCUCCUGUACAUCAUGUAAGCAAGUUUACAAGUCAGAAAAAGGGCUAAAAGCUCAUAGUUGUCGGAAUCAUAAAUUUAUUUGCGAUAUUUGUAGCAAAAUAUUCCACCGUCGAGAUCAUCUUACUAAACAUAUAGAGACGCACAGAAAAUACAGAACAAAAGAUUAUCAUUGUCAUAUCUGUAAAACUUCCUUCUAUAACAAAGGUGGGCUUCAAAGUCAUAUAUCAAAAUAUCAUAAAGGAAGAAAGUUUUCAUGUACGUCAUGCAGAAAAUCAUUUAUGUUGGGACGAUCAUUGAAAUCUCAUAUUUGUAGUGAUCCCACAUUUGCUUGCGAUAUUUGUGGUAAAAAAUUCCACGGACGAAAUAUUCUUGCUGAACACUUAGACACGCACAGAAUACAUAGAUCAAAAGAUUAUCAAUGUCACAUUUGUAAAACUUCUUUCUUUAAUAAAUUUGGGUUACAUAGACAUGUAUCAAAAUAUCAUGAAGAAAGAAAGUUUUCAUGUACAUCAUGCAGAAAAUCAUUCCUGUUGGAACGAUCAUUGAAAUCUCACAUUUGUGGUAAUCAAAAUCCAAUAUUUGAUUGUGAUAUUUGUGGUAAAAUAUUCCACCGUCGAGAUCAUCUUACUGGACAUAUGGAGACGCACAGAAAAGAUAGACCAAGAGAUUAUAAAUGUCACAUUUGUAAAUCUUCUUUCUUCAAUAAGGUCGCAUUAAAACUUCAUAUAAAGAAAAUUCAUGAAGAUAAAAAAUUUUUCUGUUCAACAUGUAAACAAGUUUACAAAUCAGAAGAAGGUCUUAAAACUCAUUUUUGUAGCAAUUUGAAAUUUGUUUGCGAUAUUUGUGGUAAAAGAUUCAACGGCCGAUAUAAUCUUUCUAUACAUAUAGAGACUCACAGAAAAUAUAAAACAAAAGAUUAUCAUUGCAAUAUCUGUGAAACUUCUUUCUAUAAUAAAAUUAGGUUACGAUUUCAUUCAUGGAAAUUUCAUGCAGAAAGAAAGUUUUCAUGUGCAUCAUGUCGAAGAACAUUCAAAUUCGAAAGAAACUUGAAAUCUCAUAAUUGUAUUAAAACCACAUUUGUUUGCGAUAUUUGUGGUAAAAUAUUCUACAAUCGAGCGCAUAUCAUUUUGCACAUGAUCAAGCAUAGGAAAUAUCAAACAAGAGACUAUCAGUGUUUCAUUUGUGAAAAUUCCUACCCUCGUAAGCUAUCAUUAAAUGAACAUCUAUUUCAAAAUCAUCAAAUUAAAAAGUUUUUCUGCAAUUUAUGCAAAAAAGGUUUCAAAUCAGAAGAAAAUAUGAAAUCUCAUAGUUGUGGUAACAAGAAAUUCGUUUGUGACGUUUGCGGUAAAAUAAUUCGCAGUCGAUGUGACAUUGCUUUGCACAUGAUCAAGCAUAGAAAACAUAGAUCAAAGGAUUUUCAAUGUCACAUUUGUUCAAAAUCUUACUUCAAUAAGAUCUCGUUGCAACGCCACAUUUUGAACAUUCAUGAAGAUAAAAAUUAUUCCUGUACAACAUGUAAACAAGUUUACAUGUCAGAAGAAAGUUUAAAAGCUCACAGUUGUCGGUAUAAUAAAUUAAUUUGCGAUAUUUGUGGUAAAAGAUGCCACGACCGAUCCGGUCUUGCUAUUCACAUAGACACGCACAGAAAAUAUAGAACAAAAGACUAUCAUUGCGAUAUUUGUAAAACUUCUUUCUAUAACCUAUCUGGGUUUCAAGGACAUAGAACAAGAUAUCAUGAAGAAAGAAAGUUUUCAUGCCCAUCAUGUCGAAAAACAUUCAAAUUGGAACAGAAAUUGAAAUCUCACAUUUGUAGUAUUUCCAAUUUUGCAUGUGAUAUUUGUGGUAUGAGAUUCAACAACCGAUACUGCCUUGCUAAACAUAUAGACAGGCACAGAAAAUAUAGAACAAGAGACUAUCAUUGCGAUAUUUGUAAAACUUCUUUCUAUAACAAAGCUGGGUUUCGAGUUCAUAGAUCAAAAUUUCAUGAAGAAAGAAAGUUUUCAUGUGCAUCAUGCCGAAAAUCAUUCAAGUUGGAACGAAUAUUGAAAUCUCAUAAUUGUAGCACAUAUUUCUGCGAUUUUUGUGGUAAAAUAUUCUACCGUCGAACGUAUAUCAUUGAUCACAUGAUGAAACAUAGGAAAUAUAGGACAAGAAAUUUUAAAUGCAACAAGUGUGAAAAAAACUACUUCCAUAGACGAGAUAUGAGAAAGCAUAUACGUCAAAGUCAUGGAGAAAAAUAA